UUCAUUCAUUAGGUCUCCUUUAAGCCUCUCUCCCCUGCUGCCCCUCCUCAUUCGCCCGCCAGCAUGACGCUCCCUCCGCGCUCACACAUUCUUUCUCUCCGCUCAGCGUCUCCGUUUCGUCCCUAAAAGCAACUUUUUCACCAGUAUCGAUCAGAUCAGCUUUUUCUCCGAGCCUCAAACAGAAAUGACGCUUGUGAGGACGGGAUCACGGAUCAGUGAGCGCCGCUUCUGACAGCUGAGCUCCUUUGGCUAUGCCACAGUCCCCUCUCGGAUGAGACGAUGAGAACCCACACCCGCGGGGCCCCCACAGUCUUCUUCAUAAGUCUGCUGUGGCCCCUGCUCAGCCCGUUGGUGGUAGUGGUGGCGGCAGCGGUGGAAGUGGACCCCAGUGCAGGUAUCAACUUCAUGGGAGGCAACUACAAUGGUCACCCCAUGCUGUACUUCAAUCGGGGGGAUGUGGAGGAGAUGCAGUACGCGGCGGCAGGGACUCAUCGGGACAUGGCGAGGAGGAUCCGCGAGGCGGGCGAAACCAUGCUGGAGCACCCCGAGGAGUACCUGCCUCCGUGGAGUCCCGCCGAGUUCAGCGCCCGGUGGAACGAGGUGUACGGAAAUAACCUGGGUGUGCUGUCCAUGUUCUGCCUGCUGUACCCACACAGGGCCGGGGCCCUCGACUUAGCCAAGGACUACAUGGAGAGGAUGGCGGCUCAGCCUAGUUGGUUGGUCAAAGACGCUCCCUGGGAUGAAGUUCCGUUGGCGCACUCUUUGGUCGGGUUCGCCACCGCUUACGACUUUCUGUACGAGUACUUGAACAAGGGUCAGCAGGAGCGUUUCCUCCAAGUGAUCGGCAACGCGUCACGCCUGAUGUAUGAGAAGUCCUAUGUCCGGGGGUGGGGGUUCCAGUACCUGCACAACCACCAGCCCACCAACUGUGUGGCUCUGCUCACAGGAAGUCUGGUUUACAUGACCCAAGGUUACCUCCAGGAGGCCUACCUGUGGACCAAGCAGGUCCUGUCCAUCAUGGAGAAGUCCAUGGUCCUUCUGCAGGAUGUGACUGAUGGCUCCCUGUAUGAAGGUGUGGCCUACGGGACUUACACCACCCGCUCUCUGUUCCAGUACAUGUUCCUGGUCCAGCGCCACUUCGCCAUCGGCCACUUCGACCACCCCUGGCUCCUCAAACACUUCGCCUUCCUUUACAGGACUAUCCUGCCUGGAUUUCAGCGGACUGUAGCCAUUGCAGAUUCCAACUACAACUGGUUCUACGGACCAGAGAGCCAGCUGGUCUUCUUGGACCGCUAUGUGUUGCGUAAUGGCAGUGGAAACUGGCUGGCAGACCUGAUUCAUCAAAACAGGGUGAUUGAAGGGCCAGGGCAGGCUGGAAAAGGACAGCGGUGGUGUACUCUCCACACUGAGUUCAUCUGGUAUGACCCAGGCCUGAUUCCCAAGCCUCCAUCAGAUUUCGGAACAUCCCAACUCCACUAUUUUGAGGACUGGGGUGUGGUGACGUACGGCAGUGCUCUACCUGCAGACACAAACCACACCUUUCUGUCCUUCAAGUCUGGGAAACUUGGAGGACGUGCCAUCUUCGACAUCGUUCACAGGAACAAGUACAAAGAGUGGAUCAAAGGGUGGAGGAACUUUAAUGCUGGCCACGAGCACCCUGAUCAGAACACUUUUACUUUUGCACCCAAUGGUGUCCCAUUUAUCACUGAGGCACUGUACGGACCCAAGUACACUUUGUUGAACAAUGCAGUAUUGUUUGGCUCAGCCAUGUCAGGGAGUUGCUUUAAGCCAUGGACUGGACAGGUUACAGAAGCCUGCGAUUCCAAGUGGUUAAAGUACAAGGUAGGGCUUGCAGCUGAUACCCAGGGCAAAGUAGAAGCUGCUAUAGAGAGACAGGGAAUGGUCUUCAUUCGUGGCGAGGGACGUUCCGCUUAUAAUCCAGAGCUGAAGAUCAGGAACUUCCAGAGAAACCUGCUCCUUCUUCACCCACAGCUCCUGCUCCUUGUGGACCACAUCCACCUAGAUCCAGACAGCCCAACCAGGGCAAUGAGUGCCUUCUUUCAUAACACAGAACUUCCAUUCCAGAGUACAAAGAUAGAUGGUGUUCAUGGAGCAUUUGUAUCACAAGGUGAGGAUAAAUAUAAGAUGUUCUGGAUGGAUGACACAGGUUACAGUAACAAAGGAGUUGUAGGUUACUGGAAUUACCCUCGAGGGUACCCAUAUAAUGGUUCUAACUAUGUGAAUGUCACAAUGCCAUUGAGGUAUCCUCACACUAGAGUGGCAUACAUUUUCUUUGGACCAGGUGUGGAUGUACAGAGCUUUAGCCUGCGUGGGGAUGAGCAGAGAGUAGAUAUUUAUCUGGCCACCAGCGACCACACCUACACCAUCUACCUGCUGACGGGAGAGGUCACCAGCAAGCCUCUGUUUGCCAUGGUGCUGCUGGACCACAGGAAGAUUGUAUUUGAGAAGUCAGCGGCUGCGGUGGACAACUCACCUGAGGAAGUAGAGGAAUACGUCAACGUGAUGGAGGAUAACCUCCAGCACGUCAAGCCCGUCUUCCAACAGAUGGAGAGACACAUCCUAGGACGAGUUUUUAACACUGCCAGCUUCCGUAAGACUGCAGAGCGCCUCCUCCAGUUCUCUGACAAAAAGAAGACAGAGGAGGUCAUAGAGAAGAUGUUUGCUAUGUCUAAGAAACAGGGCAAGAGUAAAGGGGGUAAGAAAGUGAACCUUGGAGAGAAGCUUUCUGAGACUCUACCUGACAUUUUUGCACAGAUUGAGGUGAAUGAGAAGAAGGAGAGACAGAGGACUUCAAAGCGUACAUAUGAGGACAGUCCAGAAGAGGGAGAUGCAGACUCGCGGGCCUUUAUGGAUUAUUCAGAUGGCCGCAAAAACAGAAAGGGGGCCUUUGUCAAGGGCCGCAGAUUCAAGGAGGUGUACAUGGUGGCCACAGCUGGCAGUGAGAGUGUCUCCAGCACAGCCUCCUACAUAAGACUCUUUCUCCUCCUGAACACUGCCACCUUCUUUUUGCUGCUGGCUGUGAUACUGACUCGCUUUCAGAGGGGUCGAAGCUUGCAUACGCAGAGAUGUUUCUACACCAUCCUCCUGAUCGACUGCUUCAUCUUACUGUACCUCUACUCCUCCUGCUCUCACACACAGUGUUAACAUCAUGAGCAUGCGAGGAGUCCCAACUACAGAUCGAAUGACCUGUUGUUCAUGGUGAACUAAACGCACCCCACACCUCAGUCUGAGCCAGAUCUUAUGAUGUCAGGGCUGCUUUUAGAGGAAAAUCUGAGAUUUCAAAAAAGUAUUAGCUGUGAUAUUUUGAGAAUGAAGUUGUAAAUUUGCUAGAAAGAAGUAUAAAAGUUAUGAGAUUAAGUCAUAAUCAUAUAAGCUCUGGUGGUAUGUAGUAAUCAGAGUUUUGCUGGUUUAAUUCCCAGUGCCCCAGUCCAGUUUAAGUAUCCUCGGACAAAUUACUAUAUAAUAUGUUUUUUUUCCUUCAAAUUAUAUCAUACUAUAAGAUAAUUAAUUUGAUUUUCAUAAUAUGAACUUUAUUCUUUGAGUAUUAUGACUUUUAUUCUAGUAAUUUUUAAACUUUUUAUUGUGAUAUUCUGACUUUUUCUUGAUACUUAUUAUUCGUAAUAGUGUGACUUGUUUUCUCAUAAUAUUAUGACCUUUAUUCGUGACAUUAUGGCUUUCUUUUUUUCUAGAAAAUUACAACAUUAUUCUCAUAUUAUAAUUUUUGUUCCCAUAACAUAGAAAUUAGGACUUUAUUAUCAUAACAUUAUGACUUUCCCCCGAAAAUAUGAUGACUUUAUUCUUUAAAUCUCAGAUCUUCUUUUAUAACAGUGGCCCUAAUACUCAGAAGAUCUACCUAAUGGGUGUUCAGGAAAAACAACUGAUUCCAAAUAGGAAUUGAUGAAUUGCCAAGAUGAAACCAGACCACCUCUGAUGUAAAAAGCUUCUGUGGAGCUUUAGAAACGAGUCUGUGUGAAGUUUGUCCUUUGUAGUGCGCAGAGGUCCUGCCUUGUGUCAAAGAUCUCAAGGUUAGCCACUAUAAUACAGUCGCCUCAUCUGUGCUUGAGAUUUGUCCUGUCGACGUAGUCCAUAGAAAUACAUUUAAAUGUAUAUAUGUGAAAGCAAGAUAUAUUUUUAUGGUCUCUUUUUUUUACCAUUUGUAAAUAAAAUUACUACAUGCAUAGGUGUGUA